AAUCGGACAUCGCUACUCCCUCGGAGAAAUUGACAGCAGCUGGGUCGCCUGUGUGAGCAAACCCGAAGGACAGACACGGCAGAAAAUAAAACUCUGCCGCUAUAGUGGGCUCCCCCUUCCCCUUUCCCCCACUGUUUGAGUGUACAUAUCAACAAGCCGACCCGGACGAGCGCGCUGACUCCGUUUCCCCGCUUUUAUAGCGGAGCGGUCAGGACUUUCCUCGCGAACUGAAACGUCAGUAGCUUAGCCGAGCUAGCGGGCUAACGCGACUAGCUGGGUUCAGCUACAAGGAGGAAUUACAAUUAUUCCACCGAGAAACACUGAAGGAUGUCGGGGAAGGAGCAGAAUAAACAAUCCACCACCGAACGGCUCGUAAAAGCGGUGCCGUACCCUCCCACGACGCGGCUCACCAUGAAAGAGCUGUACGAGGACGGCAAGCCCAAGGUGGAGCUUUUAAAGAGCCACCUGGUGAAAGAGGGCCGUCUGGAGGAGGACUUGGCCCUGCGCAUCAUCAACGACGGCGCCAACAUCCUCCGCCAGGAGAAGUGCAUGCUGGAAGUGGAGGCCCCCAUCACAGUGUGUGGAGAUGUCCAUGGGCAGUUCUUCGACCUGAUGAAGCUUUUUGAGGUGGGGGGUUCCCCGCAAAACACACGCUAUCUAUUUUUGGGAGACUAUGUGGAUCGAGGCUAUUUCAGUAUUGAGUGUGUGCUCUAUCUGUGGACCCUGAAGAUCAACCACCCAACCACCCUCUUCCUCCUCAGGGGCAACCACGAGUGUCGGCAUCUCACGGAGUACUUCACCUUUAAACAAGAAUGCAAGAUUAAGUACUCUGAGCUGGUGUAUGAUGCCUGCAUGGAGGCCUUUGACUGCCUUCCCCUGGCCGCUCUGCUCAACCAGCAGUUCCUUUGCGUUCACGGAGGCCUGUCCCCCGAGGUCACCUGCCUCGACGACAUCCGGAAAUUAGACCGGUUUAAAGAGCCGCCAGCUUUCGGGCCGAUGUGCGACCUGCUGUGGUCUGACCCUGGUGAGGACUACGGCAGCGAAAAGAGCUCAGAGCACUUUUGUCACAACAGUGUGAGAGGAUGUUCCUAUUUCUACAGCUACCCUGCAGUAUGUGACUUUUUGAUGAAUAAUAACUUGUUGUCAGUUAUAAGAGCACAUGAAGCCCAAGAUGCAGGGUAUCGAAUGUACAGAAAAAGUCAGACGACAGGCUUCCCCUCAUUAAUCACAAUCUUCUCUGCACCAAACUACUUAGAUGUGUAUAACAAUAAAGCUGCUGUGUUGAAAUACGAGAACAACGUUAUGAACAUCCGGCAGUUCAAUUGCUCCCCUCACCCGUACUGGCUGCCCAACUUCAUGGAUGUGUUCACGUGGUCACUGCCCUUCGUCGGGGAGAAAGUAACAGAGAUGCUGGUCAACGUGUUAAACAUCUGCUCCGAUGAUGAGCUUAUGUCAGAGGGAGACGACACAUGUGAAGGUGGCACCCCGGCAGUCCGCAAGGAGGUGAUCCGAAAUAAGAUUCGUGCCAUUGGCAAGAUGGCCAGAGUUUUCUCUGUUCUUAGGGAGGAGAACGAGAGUGUGUUGCAGUUAAAGGGCUUGACCCCUACUGGGACGUUGCCUCUGGGUGUCCUGUCAGGAGGCAGACAGACCCUACAGAGCGCCACCAUAGAAGCAGAGGAAGCACAAGCCAUCCAAGGCUUCAACCCUCAACACAAGAUCCAAAGCUUCGAAGAAGCGCGUGGACUGGACCGGAUAAACGAGCGAAUGCCUCCGCGCAGGGACAGCGUGCAGCCAGACGGCACUGCCAACUCCAUCAACGCAGCCAAUUCCCCCGACAAGAACGGCACCAACGCACAGGCGUAGUAACCCAGCAGCUACCUAGCACUCUCCCUCAUCCUUUCUGUCUCUCUUUUUUUCCCCUCUCUCUCCCUCUGUUUUCCUCUCAUUCUCUCUCUUUUUGGUAGAGGUGAUGCCCCCUACAUGCAAAACUCUCCAGGACCGUUUUGGGGAGAAUCGCACAAUACCAUGAAGAGGGCGUAGUGAAAAACAAACCAUGGUUCUUAUUUAUUUAUUGAUAUAGAUGAUAAGAAAUGUAAGAUCUGUAAUGGUGGAAAAAAUGAGAUGAAUGAAUACAUACGUGAUGAAUAUUACAUGUGUACAUAAACAGAAUAUAUAUAUAUAGACAUAGCAUUGGGGUGGUGUAAGGUCAUCUUAGAUUCAGUAGUUUAAAAAAACAAACACAAAAAAACAAUCCAUUUUGUAAAUUUACGUUUAUAAAUUAGAUUUAUUUCUGACAUUUUUUUUUCUUUUUUUUUUCUUCUUUUUUUUUUUAACAACCAAGACUUGCUCGGCAGAAUUACGUUAUCGUUGUUUGUGCGCUUGGCAAAGGAAUUUUUUGGCUGACAUAAUUAUAUAGAAUGCUUAUUUGUGAAUACCCAAAGCAAGUAUGAUAAUUGUUGAUGCAAAACAAAACAAAAAAAGUUUUAUUGAAACAAUGUGAAAAAAAACAAAC